AUGCGACUACAAGUUCUACUUCACCCUCAAUUGCGCACAACGCUACCAGAGUGUGCCCAGCGCAAUCUUCGGAGGAGCGUCUGGGUCCGGUUCAAGUCGCAGAUCCCUCGCCCGUCGCAGAAGCAUCUUUCCCCAUUACCCAGAUCGAAAGAGACCCUCCCAGCUACGCGUUCACCGGUUACAAGAACGCUCACACCGCCAAAGACAACCACCAGGACAGGUAGUUCUGCAGGGCCACCUGAACGAAUCUUGGUCUAUUAUGGAGGGACUGGCAGAGCUGUCUUUUUGGGGACGCUGCGAAUCACCACAGUGCUUCUAUUCGGUGCAGCAUGUCUUAUCGUUGCACCGGCAUGCUCUGUGGCCAAUGAUUACCCCUGGUACAGCACACCUGCGGGUAAGCCAACUUGGACAUUAUACCACCCGAUCGUCUAUGCUGAUAAUACCCUAGUAAUUGUUGCUGGCGCUCUCCCGAUGCUAUUUGUCUCCUAUACGGCUGCACCGUACGUGAACUUUAUCCAUCUGGCGCUGCCCGCUUUUGCGAGGAAGUCGCGGGAAGCCGCCGUCCAGUACGCAAAAGAUCUGCCUCCAACGGCGGUGCUGUAUCUCACCAGCAUGCGAUUCAAUACCAUUCCCCGGCAAACAACUGCUCGCUUAGGAGAUCUUGUUCCGCUCAAAGACACAUUGCGGCCCGUCACAUUCCAAAAUUUGAAACCGUCCCCACAAAGAUGGUGGCAGGGUAGAGCCCCAACCCAGUUUUAUACCGGAUCCCACAGCAAGCCGGGUAGACAGACAUCAGCUUUCUUCCCGGACUUAUGGAACGGAAUUUACCAGCAAAUCCAAAAGGCCAAGUCGCAACCUCAUCAAUCGCAUCGAUAUCCAUGA